AUUAGGAUAGCACCUCCCGACCAGCCCACCACGACAUAAAAGUGUAUAAUUUUUUUAAAUGAGAAAAAAUAUCAAUCAGGGCCCCACCUAAGACAAUGGCAUUCCUCGUAAUAUUCCCGAAAUACAAGGGCAUUUACGUAACCUCAGACUCUAUAAAUAUACAAAGACGCAUCUCCAAAACUAGACAUACAAAAAAAUCUCCUAAGACAUUAUUGACACAGAAGAUUAUCACAAACUAAAGUAAGGAACAAAAAUCCAAACAAGUUUUUUUAAAAAGAUGGGGAAUUGUAUAGUAAUGGAGAAGAAAGUGAUAAAGAUAAUGAGAAAUGAUGGAGAAGUAGUUGAAUACAGAGGACCCAUGAAGGUUCAUGACAUCCUCACCCAAUUCUCUGGUCACUACUCUCUCUUUGAUUCUCUGUCAAACCAUUGUCAUCUUCAUCCACAAGCCAAGCUUCUCUGUGGUCGUCUCUACUAUCUCAUGCCGAAGCAGACGACCACAGUAAAGCACAAGAAAACGAAGAAAGUCAGGUUUGCAAAUCCAGAGGUUGAAAAAGAAGGAGAUACCAAGGAGAAGAGUCCUAGUGUCGUGAGAGUGAAGAUGGUUGUGAGUAAGAAAGAGCUAGAGAAGCUGCUUCAAGGAGGUUCAAUUCAUGAAGUGGUGUAUAGGAGUCUUGAUAAGCAGCAUCUAUGUCGUGAUGAUGAUGAUGCUGCUGCUGCUGAUGAAUGUCUUACAGGCUGGAGACCUUUGUUAGAUAGCAUUCCAGAAUCUGAUUAGCCUAUAGCAUGUCCAUAUCUUACAUAUAUGACACAUACAUAGAUAUAUAUAUAUAUAUACACAUAGAUAACAGAGACUCCAAGCUUGUUCAAGAGAGGAAAGAAAGCAUGUAGUUCCCAGGUUCCAAUGGUGUUACAUAAAAGAAAGUUUCAAAGUUUGUAAAAAAACCCCCAAAAAUGUGAAUAAAUGUUAUGUUGAAAUUUCCAAAAGGUAACUAAAAGUGUGAGUGCUUGUUUAGGUUAAAUUCAAAGCCUAUAACUCUACAAGGCUAUAAUAAGCAUAUCUAGUGGCCUAUAAGUAAAGUAAAAGAUCCAUAAUGGUUUACUACACUCACAUUCAAAUAUUCAAGUAAACACGUUUUGUCUUUUAAGCAAUGUUUUUAAACCCGACCCGGAUACUGAACCGGACGACUUACCGGUUUGUUGGGUUACUAGAUCGACCCGGGUGAACCGCGGUUUAAUAAAUGAAUUAGUUUUAUUAUAUAAUAAUAUAUCACCUAUGUAAAUAAAAAUAUAGAAAC